AUGGCUGCUGCUUCUGGAAGCGUCAAAUUCAGUGUCGAGGGAAAGACUGCACUUGUUACAGGUGCAGGAAGUGGCAUCUGCUUUGCGUUCGCUAGACUCCUUCUCGAGAAAGGAUGCAACGUUGUCGUCGCAGACAUUGGCCUGCGUCCUGAAGCCGAGCAGCUUGUAAAACAGUAUUCAUCACAAGAUGGCAAGAAGCCCAGAGCUGUGUUCGUGAAGACUGAUGUCGUCAACUGGGAUCAGCUUUCCAACGCGUUUGAUGUUACGGACAAGGAAUUCGGCGGAGCUGAUAUCGUCUGCCCGGGAGCUGGUAUUUUCGAACCCCACUGGACGAAUUUUUGGAUCCCGCCUGGCACCGGUGCAUCGAAAGACAAGCUCCACGGCGAUAAUGGCGUGGGCCAUUACGCGCUAUUCGAUGUCAACUUGACACACCCUAUUCGAGUCACUCAGCUUGCCAUGUCAAAGUGGCUCAACCCGACAGAGGGCAGCAAGUCAGGCAAAGUCUCUGCUACCAACCCAAAGCGAGUUGUGCAUAUCACCAGUAUUGCAGGCCAGACACCCAGCUUCCCUGCUCCUAUGUAUGUUGCUUCCAAGCACGCUAUCUCAGGCUUCAUUCGAUCUCUCGCGCCGCUGGAAGAGACUCUGGGUAUCCGGGUCAAUGGCGUGGCUCCUGGAAUCAUCAGGACGCCUCUCUGGACCGACCACCCAGAGAAGAUGACUCUGCUUGACGAGAAACAGGACGAGUGGGUGGAGCCAGAAGAGGUUGCCGAGGCUCUAUUGAGAUGCGUGGAAAGCGAUGAAGUAGUUGGUGGCUGGGUCCUGGAAGUGCUCAAGGGAGCAACUCGCAACGUGGAAUGGAAGAACGCCCCUGGGCCUCAAGGACGCGGGGGCAGUGCAAGCAACGCUGCUGUCAACGCCGCAGAGAUAUUUGGCUGGCUGGGUGAGCCAGGAUGGGGUGUUGCAAAGGAGUAAGCGAUGUCGCCG